UCAUGAGCCCAUAGCAAGCGUCUCUUGCGCCGGAAGUUCUAUUUUCUUACGACCUCGCCACGAAUAUUCACGACAUUAAAGCCGGCUGUCUCGCGGUCGACAUACCCUCCGAGCACUGUGCCACUCAGUCUCCCAAGACAGCCGACAACGAGGGUUGUCUCGGGCGACGUCGUCCUCGCGCAUUCCAUCCCGGACCGCCGCCAGCCUCGAUCCAAAUCCCAACCGCCUCAAAAAGCCCGCAGCGGCUGACGAUGGGCUCGUCGUAACUCUGCCUCGAAUCCAUCGCUCGACGUCUGCAACAUCCUCCCGUUCUGAUCAAGCGCACACCAAGUCCCCUUUAUGCCCGCUCCCCGCAAUGUCGGUGACCGUAGUGGCGGGCCCUCCAGGCUCGUCAGUCUCCUAGCUAUUAUCCUCGGCUGCCUCGGCAUCAUCCUCAGCAUGACUACGUACUGGAUAGCACGAGCCAUCCCGGGCCUCAAGAUGAAGAUGCCCGCCAACCGGGACCCCUCCUGCCCCUCCGCCCGCCCCCUGCACCGCCGCGCGAUCUCCGAGACCCCCGCGCGCGCAAUGUCCCGCACCGCGUCCAAGUCGCCCAAGCGCGUCUCCUUCAGCGACGACGACGGCACCGCCGACGCCGGGCCCAGCCCGCGCUCGUCCAUCAGCUCUGCCCGCUCCUCCGACACCGCCUGCUCCGCGCUCUCCGCGCGCUCCUCGUCCAAGACGUCGCACGACCCCUUCGCCGCGCCCGCGGGCACCUCGACGCUCGCGGGGCUCUUCUCCGCCGACAGCCCCAUCCGCCUCCCCAACAUCCUCAAGCCGAAGCGCAUGCGCUCCGGCUCCGAGAGCUCCGCCUCGGACGCGGGCUCGCCCACCCCCGCGCCCAGGGGCACCGCCGCAGCCAAGCCUGCGCCAGUGGCCGAAGCCGACGAGCCCCGCCCCGCGGCGAGCAGGACGCAGUCGCGCGCGAGCGUGCGGAUGGCGAGGGAAGACGUGCGCCCGCCGCGGCGCGCGCAGUCGCUCGUCGCGAGCGAGCGCGUGGGGAAGAUGAAGCGCGUGAGCGCGGACAGCGGCGAGCUGUAUUACUCCGGCUUCGAGAACCCGUUCAAGCUGCGCGAGCGCCGCGCGUCGGCGCUCUCACGGAAGCGCGGGGCGCUGGGGAGGAGGGUCGCGAGCAUCUUUUCUACCCCUCCCUCCGGGUGCGACCAGACGGACAAGGACUCGGUGUCGGCGAGCACGGUGUCCGCGGACUCGGAUACGACCAGGGUGUCUGUGUCUUCGUCUGCCUCGCGGCGUAGCAAAUCAAGCUCGCUAUUCGCGAAAUUCGUCCCUUCGUCCGCUGGCAAGCAAAGCAUCCCGGCGUCAUGA